CCUCAAUUUUCGCUGGACGAAUAAUUGAUGAAGUGUUAAAUAUUAAUCCUGAAUCAUUUACAGUGAAUCAUUUACAGUUGAUUCAAUUCUUAUUCCCUGUAACAAUUAAAUUGAGCUAAUAAAUAGAUUAAGUCCUUACAUAAUGGUGGAGAAUGAUUCGUGCAGUUUAAUCUAAUUUGUACACAAAACAAGUAACUUGUGUGAUUGUAUCUUUUCUUGAUCCGGAAGAUAGAUUAGAAACAGAAACGAGCUUUUUGAUUGUCAUAACAAUGAUUGCACAUAAGGCGCUGUGGAUGAAUGAAAUCUGAACUCGAGUUGUUUGUCUGUACGUUUUUUUUGUUGUUGUUGUUGCUGUUAAAACUGCAGUAAAUGAAUCUAAGAUUGUCUGCCAAGACAAAAGGAAAGUCGCCUGAGAGCGCACCAGGACAGAGUGAGCGUGUUCCUUGCUUUGUUCUUUAAGGCCUUAGCUAUAGUGGAUAAUAUUGCGUGUUCCAAUGUUAUUUCAACUAAGCUAAAAUCCCUGCAUGGUCACAUUAGAGAGUAGCUACCUAAUGUGCCGCCUAUAUCCGCUCAUUCGUGAGAUGAGACAUUAAUACUCUAAACACUAUAUGUGUCUGAGUUUGAUUUGAAUGGGAUUAUUUUGAAAAUUCUUGAUCAAGUAUUGUUGCAGUAAAUCCUGCAUGUUGUUGCGUGUCCAGAAACUGACACGAACGAUUCAGAUCGCCGAGAUCUCAGUAAUGUUACUAUUAUUAAUUGCAGAAAAAUCUGUGGAUUAAUGUGCCUCACUCUAACGUGUGGGGGUUGUUCAGCUCGGAAACAUGAGAAGCUGAAUGGUUCAUUGUCAUUGAGAACUGCGCCGUCAGUUCAAUGAUUAAUGUGAUUUUUGUAUGUUCGUUAUCUGUGUGCAAAGAGUAUAGAACAAGCGUACUCUUUUGUUGUGCGUCACGGUCACCACGACAGUGACAGCUGUAACCCGGAAGCCCUAAGAAACCUUUCCCGGGGUAACCUUUAAGUGCGCAUGCGCAGUCUGCCAGCGCCAUAUUUAACUGUGUGUAAACAAAGCUUAGCACAAGCUGAGCUAGCUAAAUCUAGCACGGUUGCAUUACAGUCUAUGUAAAGCUAGUAGCAUUGCUAAAGGGCUAGUGGCUAGCAUAGCAUUUUGUGGUCUGAAUGCAAUGUUGCAAUGUUGGAAUGACUUUCUUACUGAACCUUAAUUCACUCUAGUGCUUUCACCUCCCUCUCUGUCUAACUUACACAUCUUAUCUUUUCUCAUCUCCUCCCAUUUGAGAGAACGUGACAAAUGUUAAAUUUAAUAAACCUGGUUUUUAAUAUCAUUUGUUUGAGAGUUCUCUCUCCUAAAUUUACUCUUGUCAGUUAAACACUGUUUUGUUUUAGUAGCAAUCGUCCUAAUUACUUUUAAUGACAUUUUAUGUUAUUUGUAAUUGCUCUUAUUGAAUGACAUCUGGGAAUAUGAAUUUUUGAUUGGAAACUUUAAUUCGAUUUCAAUUUUAAUUGAAAAUCAAGUUCAUAAUCAAUUUCAGUUUAGCUUUCAUAUGGUAUGGAUAUUUGUGGAUUAAUUUAAUGGUAGUUGCUUACAAACAUCUGGCAAUUUUAAUCAUUAACUAAUCAUUAUUGCUUUGAAAUUUUAAUUUCAUUAGUCAUUAAUUAGGAUUUGGGCUUCCCUAAUUCAGAUGAUACUUGAUUAAUUAAUUUGAUUAUAAUUGCUCUCAAUGUUUAAUGCUGAACCCAUUACAAUUUUAAUUCACAACUUCCAAAUUUGAAUUCAAAAUUUCAUUUAAAAUAAAGUUUAGUCUCAGACUUUCACUCCCUUAGUCUUUGAUUUAAUUCAUUUAUUUAAGGAAAAUUUUUGGGGUCCUCCUCAAUACUUGGGUCAGUUGACUUCUCCUGCUAGCGCAGUAAGCCAACCCCCUAGGCGUAGCGACUCCCUAGCGCCACCACUCUGUCAACCCUGUAAUUUUUCCAAAUUUUGGGAGCAAAACUUCACUCUCUUUCUUCUUCUCUCUCUCUCUCUCUCUCUCUCUCUCUCUCUCUCUCUCUCUCAGCUGUCCUCUUCUGGUUUGACUACUUCUGCUGGUUUUUGGAUUUGUACCUGUGAAAGUCAUAAAAGCAGAGUGUUUGAGAAAUAUUUAACAAAUAUUUGGGAAACGGAACACUUCUUUUAAAAUAGUAUGACACUCACUUUACCUUCCCUCCUCAUCCUGUUAUCCUACCCAGCCUAGGCUCGAGCAGGUCAACAAGGAGACUGUUAGGCGUCCAUAAACCCAGAGCACGCGUCUAGAAACGCUUUAAGUGGUGCAUGGUUGUCAAUCCUAUAGCUGAGAAACCAAUACUGUCAUUGUUAUUGUUUUUCUUUCGCCCCGAAGGGAAUUUUAAUAACAAUCACAGUCCUGGUACUUUGAAAUCCUUUUCAAAACCCCUGUCUAGAACCAUCCUUCUAAAAUUAAAUUUUACAAAACUCAUUCUGCAAACAGUGUUAAAGACAAAACUUCAUUUUAUAGGGAAACUGGAAGCACCCCAUUAUUAUUCUGCUUUUUGCUAAAUGCUAUUCUGUUUGUUUCGUGCUCUUCUUUUCUUCUGCUGUUCUCUAGCUGUGCUAUCUGUGUGUGCUUACUGAUUCUUUUCGCAGAGACUCCGAGUUAGAAGCACAUCCACGAGAGGACCACAGUUGAGAACCAGUCUUACCUGCACAUUUACACACUCAUUACUCAUUCCCAUUAACUCACAGUUGACAUUGCACACUUACACCUUUGAUUUGCCCUGCUUGUUUGUUUUGUUUUGGUUGUGUUUUGUUUUGUUCUUUCCUUCAAGGUCUGUGUCAGUUUCGGGUUUAGAUCUCCCUCGCGGUGCCAAACAUGUCUCGCACAACAGACCCUGCUGGACACUGGAAGGAUCUGGAGACCUGGCUAAGUGUUGUAACAGACAGCCUCCUACCUAAGGCCGCUGAAACACUAAAGCAUCAGACACAGGACCAGCUGGAUGACAACAUAGCAAGCCUCAUGAAACAGGACCCAAGCCAGAGCUACAGUCACAAAGAACUAGCCAAGAUCACCGGCUCCUUAAGCCACACACUCAUCGCCACCCUCAAACUGAGCGACAGGCAAGCCGCCCAUCGCCAGCAGGAGCUGACACAUGCACAACGACGCAUCGAACAGCUGGAGCUGGGGGCUCAGGAACGACGAGAAGGGCCUGAUGAAGUGGAACAAGGCGCCAAAGAGGAGAUCAACAGGCUAAAAGAGACCCUAGCAGCUACUACGCAAGAAAUGGAACGAGGCAGAGCAGACUACGCUGACCUCUCCGACAAGCUACAGUACGCAGAACAGCUACUGGAAAAAGCAAAGGCUGACUUCAGAGACAAGAACAGCCGAAUUAAAGCUCUCGAAACUCACCUGAAUGAGUCAAGAAAUGAGGUCAGCCGCCUAACAACAACAGCUUGA